UAUUAUUCAAUUUAGAUUUGAUUAUGAGUGACGAGAUAAAAAAUAAUGCUCUUGCUGAAGUUGAAAGAAUCCUUCAAAGCAAUGGAAGAAGUCUUAAAGAUUAUCCUACCAUGCCUGUUCUGACUGGAGUUUUAUUGUCUGAUGUUCAUAACAAGACAAUGAUUGCAGCUUCUGAUAAUAAAGGAGGCAUAUUCUUUUUAUAUGGAUUUGGGGGAACGGCCUUUUUGCUUCCUGGGGGAAGAACAACUCAUUCUAGAUUUGCAAUCCCAAUUGAAAUAAAUGAAAAGUCUACUUGCAACAUCAAAAUGGACUCUUCUCAAGUUGAAUUGUUGUCAAAGACAAGAUUGAUUAUAUGGGAUGAAGCUCCAAUGACACAUAGAUUCUGUUUUGAAGCAUUGGACAGAACCAUAUCAGGUAUUUUGAAGUUCUCCAAUAGUAAUUGUUCUAAAGUACCAUUUAGAGGGAUAAUUGUUGUUCUUGGAGGUGAUUUUAGACAAAUAUUGCCAGUUGUUCCUUAUGGUGGAAGACAAGAGAUAGUGAAUGCGACAAUAAAUUCUUCAGAUUUGUGGGAUUCUUGUGAAGUUUUGACUUUAACAAGAAAUAUGAGGCUGCAUCUAAGUUCUUUAAACCAAGAUCUAACUGACUUGAGAGAAUUUUCUAAUUGGUUAUUGAAGAUUGGUAAUGGAGAAGUUGGAGAGGAUGUAGAUGGUGAAGCGAUCAUUGAAAUUCCAAAUGAAAUGUUGAUUAAAGAUUUAGAAAAUGGGCUUGCUGAUUUGGUGGACUUUGCAUAUCCAAAUUUCUUGGAAAAAAUUAAAACAAAUGAUCUUGCAUUUUUCCAAGAACGUGCUAUUUUGUCUCCAACUCUUAAUGAUGUUGCAAUGUUGAAUGAUCAUUUAAUGUCUUUCAUUCUUGGUGAAGAGAGAAGUUACUUAAGUUCAGACACUAUCGGCAAGGACGAUAUUAGCUUUCAAAAUGAUGAAGAGACCUACUCUCCUGAAGUAUUAAAUACAUUCACAGGUUCUGGACUUCCAAAUCAUAAGCUGAAUUUUAAAGUUGGGGUGCUAGUUAUGCUGCCUAUCUUUAGUCAUGGACAAUUGUGUGUGGCUCUAUCAAGAGUUAGGAGUAAACAAGGGUUGAAAAUUUUGAGUUUAGAUAAUGAAGGUCAGAUUUCAAACAAGACAACUAACAUAGUAUUUAAAGAAGUUUUCCAUAGAUUGGCAUAGGUCCUAAGGAAUUCUUGCUAUAGGUUUCAUAUUCUAGAAGAGUUUUCACUUGAUAGUGAAGUCCAGAAGCAAUAGUAGGCACAUUCUUUAUCUAUUGUUUUAUCAUUAUAUUUAACUAAUAUGCAUCAUUUCUAUGUCUACUAUGUUUUCAUUAUUGAACAUUUAAAUUAUUGCUUUUAAAAUUAAUGCAUGAUUUCAAACUCAUUCAAUUUCAUUGUUUUGUAAAAAUUGAUGGGCAAUAUCUUUCUAUAGAGGCUAUUGAAAAUUUUCUACUCUGUUUGAUGUCAGAGGCAUUGUUGAUGAGAUUUUUGCGCAAGUUACAUAAAUGAAGGGCAGGACAAUGU